GUAAGCAGGGGAAGACGGCGAGCAAGCGGGGCACACAUUGUUAUGAUGAUGCUUUGCAGUUCAGUAGUGGCCUUGAAACUUUGAAACACUAUUUUACUGAGGGAAGAAGUAUUUCGGCACAUCUCGCUACAAGUUAAGUGUGAUGUUUUGGCCGCAUGUUGUAAAAUCCCUCUCACCACCACCACCUCCUCCUCCGCCACCGACACGUCCUCUCAGGAGUGAUGGGUUCCAAGCUGACCAGACAGAGAAGUCUCGAUUUUGAGAGCAAACUGUCCAAGAGGAGACGGCAGAGGAAUGACAACCCGGGAGAAAGCGAGAGAAGUGGCGGCAGAGGCGGCGGGGACUUCUUGUUUACCUCCUUGAUGCUCAAGUCGGACAAGCUCCCAGGGAUGCUGCGGAAAACCAACCACAGCCCGUAUGUCAGACGGGUGGCUUGGAUCCGGGAGAUCCAGAUGCUUCUGCGAGAGCAGAAGAUGGAGCAAGCGGCUGAAGUGCUCAAACUGCUGAGAAAGGAUUUGGGACUCCAGGGAACGUCUCUCAAUGACAUUUUGUACAAGAACGCAGCUUUUCUCAACCUGGUGGACCCUAUUUCCCACGAGCUGCUGCUCAGUCUCGCCCGGGACCUGCAGUGUCCAAAAAGGGAGACCGACUCGUUCAAGUCCACCAACAAGAUCUGCCGCCAGCUGAUUUACCACCUGACCCCUCACUCCAAGUGGAAGAGACAGAGCGUGCCCAGAAGGAAGUCUCAGGCCUGCCUGAAGACCACCCUGAAGAAGAAACUGUCUGGUGAUGUGGUCAACCUUUCAGGUAUCCCGCUGUCUGGUCGAGACGUCCACCGUGUGGCCUUCUACCUCCAGAGUAGCAGUGACGCGGUGUCAGCCGUGGACCUGAGCUUCACAGAGCUGCAGGACGAGAGCUUACGGCUGCUGUUGCCCUACCUCGGCUGCAUGCCGAAACUGACCAUACUAGCUGUCAAUGGCAACCGUCUGACACUGGCCAUCCUGAAAGACCUGACAGACGCAGUGAAGGAUCCUAAGAAGUUCCCCUGCCUGGCCUGGGUUGACCUGGGCAACAAUGUCGAUAUCUUCACCGUGCCGCAGCCGCUGCUCGUGGCCCUGCGGCGCCGCUUCGGUUUACGCAGUAGCCUCCCCACUAUUUAUGAGUACAGAGAGGCGCAGGCAUUUGGUGGCUACAACCCAAACAUGGAGACCUCUGUGGAGGAGCCCAGUCUGUACGAGGAGGGAGAUGGAGAGGAAGAUGAUAGAGAGGAGGAGGAGGACAGGCUGGAGCUUCGAGCCUGGGGCUUUGGAGAAGAAAACAUGUCAAAAAAUGUGCCAGUGCACUUCUGUGGGAGGUGAUCGCCCAGAGCUGCUUUGUUUUAGACGGGCUGCACCCUAUAUCCAUCAGUAUCACCUCGCCCUAAGUUUAGCCUCCUGUGUUAGCAGGUGUCAUUGUGGCAGAUGCUUACAGUGACCCACAUGUUUCUGAAAAUAACUUUAAAAUAAGUAACUGUGUUGUGUGUCCCUCUGGAUGCUCUGACUACUGAAACUCAGCUAUGAGAUACAGGCAGCUCUGUGGUUGUACUGACACUAGGAAUUUAUUUAUGGAUCGAUUCAAGUUUAGCUGAACAUGUUUGCUGUUUUCCAGUGCUUUAUGUUCUUAAGGUGUUGUGCUCUCACACCAAGACACUUCCCAUUAUUUGCCACUGUCCACUGGAGCAGCUGGGGGGUUAAGUGCCUUGCACAAGGGCACCUCAGCGGUAGCAGUUGAGGGAGGAGGAAGCUUUAUCAACUCACAUUCCCCAGGUACAUUUACCCAGCUGGUUCGGCCUCUCUGGCAACUUUACUGCUCUCUCUGCCCCAUUUCUGUGAAAAGUCUAAAUCAGUCAAAGUGACUAAAUAUCCUGCUGAGGAUCAGUUUAAUUUCAACUGUCAUUUUUGCUAUGAUAUAUAUGUUUUCAGUUAUAAUAACUCAAAUGCAGUGAGAUUAGUUUCACAUAAAUUUGUUUUGGGCAUUUAUUCAGGAAAUAUUUUGAAAUAAAUGCCGAUUCGUGGUAAGUAAAUCACUGAAUCUGUUUUAAUUUAAAUUUCCAGCGCUGAUGCUUCAAAAAGUGUGGAUAUAGUGAUGCUGCAGCUGUAUGGAGAAAAAGCCUCAGCCCGAUGCAGACACAUGCAGACGACACAUGGAGUGUUUGAGCUGCUGAUUGAACUGAUUACUGCCUCUAUCAGGCCCCCUUCAGGCACAGAUGGUGAGCAGAGGAUCUAUUUUUUCCCACCAAAUAGGACUAGCCCUAGAUAAUUUCGUCCACUGGUGGUUUAUGAAUGAUUCUAUUUAUGAAUCAGACCAUAAGCAACAAGAAAGAUGCCAAUUCUGUUUUUAAAGGCAUACGCAGAAUUGACGAUGAAACUAUUACAAACAGCUCCGCUUUUAUCUUCUCCUCCGUGGCGCCACAGAGCGUACAUAAAUCUUUGUUGUGGCAUGAAUAAAUGUUCUUUUUGAAUUUGUCUUUUUUUUACGUGUGGUUCUCCUCUAUCCUUUUUUAUUGUUUUUUAAAAACAGACAGAGCGCAUGUUUACAUGUACGUUAAUGUUCAUUAUUUGGGGGGGCUUUGAUAAAAAAUUGCCGCAUGUGAACACAACUGUACAAGCCCAAACUUUAUCCUGCCUACAGAUGUUAAUGUGGACUGUUCACUUUCCAUGCUAUUAUUCAGGAAAAUCUGUUUAUUUGUCUGUCUACAGGGAUAUUAAUGAACAGGAUGCUUGGUUUGUGUGUGUGUGUGAGUGUGAGUGUGAGUGUGAGUGUGAGUGUGAGUGAGAGAGAGAGAGAGAGAGCCUAAUUGGAGUGUGUGCCUGUGUGCAUGAUUGUGUUGUGGACAUGCAGAGUAAAUUACUACCUUUGAUCGUCGAAAUGAAAUGUUUACUCAUUUGCACUUUAAGGACGACUCCGUCCCUGAAUGCACAAGCUUUGUUUUUAUGGGUUGUUGUUGACAUAAAAACAACUUACUGAGUCGCCCAUAUCCUAAAAUAGAUGUUUUAUCUUAACUUCUUGAUUUGAUAGAUAAAUCAUCAGCCUUCAUACAAAUCAGUUAUAACUUCAGUUAAUUUUUGCCUCAUUAAAUCAUGGUCUGCUUUUAAAGUAAAAGUGAUG